AUUAUCAAGUAGUAGUCUUGAAACGCACUUCAAUAGAAACGGUUGGAAAUAUUGAAUGUGAAACAGCAUUGAGCUGAAAGUGAAAACAUAACAAACAUACUGCUGGUUGGAAAGAUCUAACGGUUCUAUAAAAUGCGUUCCCCAAAAACAUGGGUUUGCGGACUACUACCGCUCUUGGUUCUAUACAUCCCCUCCAUUAACGCCAUGAACGACUCCAAUGACGUCAGAGACGUGGCAGAAUUCUCUCGCCGCCUGGCAAUAUUUUCCAUCAAUGUCUAUGGGAAGCUGUCGCUGCUAAAGUCCAACGAGAAUGUGGUUUUUUCGCCCUUUUCCAUCCAAACAUGCGCCGCUAUGGCCCGCAUCGGUGCCGAGGGUCAGACCGCGGAGGAACUGGAUCGAGGCCUUGGUCUGGUAUCGAGCAAUGUCACCGAAAUCGCCGAGAGCUAUAACAGAGUGUUAUCCAUCUACGAGAAGAGCAACAUUCUGCGCAUAGCUAAUAAGAUCUAUGUGAUGCAGGACUAUGCCUUGAACGACGAAUAUAACGCACUACUGGCACAAAAGUUUCUCUCCUCCGCAGAGAACAUUGAUUUUGGACAAAGCGAAAAGGCGGCCAAUGCCAUUAAUGGCUGGGUGGAGGAGCGCACAAACAAUCUUAUAAAGAAUCUCAUUCCUCCGUCAGCGUUGAAUGGUCUGACCCGUCUGGUGCUGGUGAAUGCCAUUCACUUUAAGGGCACAUGGGUGCACAAGUUUCCAAAGCACGCAACGCACUCCGAACUCUUCUAUUUGAACGAUGAUGAGUCUGUAAAUGUGCCAAUGAUGAACCUGAAAGAUCGUUUCCGUUACGCUGAUUUACCCGAUCUUGACGCCACGGCGCUGGAAAUGCCUUAUGCGGACAGUGACUUGUCCAUGCUGGUAAUUCUUCCGAAGAGCAAGACAGGUCUGCAGCAGCUGGAGAAGAAACUGCAGUCCGUGCCGCUCUCGCAGGUCACAGACAAGCUCUACAGUACGCAGGUGAUUGUCAAAUUCCCAAAAUUCAAGGCGGAGUUCCAAGUCGAGUUAACGAAUGUGUUUAAGGAGUUGGGAAUGUCGCGAAUGUUCUCCUCAAAAGCAGAGUUUGGCAAAAUGUUGCAAAGUCCGGAAAGCUUGCAAGUCUCGGCCGUCAUCCAUAAAGCAUUCAUUGAUGUCAACGAAGAGGGAACUGAGGCGGCCGCAGCCACCGGUAUGGUCAUGUGCUUUGCAUCGAUGCCAAUGUUCCAGCCGGAUCCUAUACGCUUCUCUGCAGAUCAUCCAUUUUAUUAUCAUAUAGCCCACAAGCAGGGCACUGUUCUGUUCGCUGGCAAACUAUUGAAACUAUAGCCAUUAUCAUAUCUGUAAACUGGCAUGACUUAACCUCAAGACUGGGCAUGCAUCACAAGUUCAAGCGAACGAUAGAAUUGAAAAUAACACCCAAUUUGAUAUUUAUACGUAUUCUCACAUGUUUAUACCAACGACUAAUGUGGUUUUAUUUCUAAGCUAAUAUUUUUAUACUUUUUAAUAAAAUGGGUAAAUACUUGUAUUCUAACCUA